ACUCAUUGCUCAGCCCGCUGGCAAAUUCACUUAAAAGUGUCCAGCGAUCGCAUUUUAUCAGAACGACGUUCCCACGACUCAUACCCAACUUGCGCUACUGCGUUGCAGCCAUACCCAUUUCACUACAAGAAAAGCGGACUUUGACGACUACAAUGGCUCCAGUCACCAACGGAAAGGUCGAGAGGAGCUCGAAAAUGCAUUCAAAAGUUGUAAUUAUCGGCUCUGGUCCAGCCGGACACACCGCCGCCAUCUACCUUGCGAGAGCCAACCUGAGCCCAGUGUUAUUCGAGGGUUUCAUGGCCAACGGAUUUGCUGCAGGAGGACAGCUUACCACGACGACCGAUGUGGAGAACUUUCCCGGCUUCCCGACGGGCAUAUUAGGGCCUGAGCUCAUGGACAAAUUCCGCGAGCAGUCGGUCAGAUUUGGCACCAAUAUUAUCACUGAGACCGUGUCCAAGAUCGACUUGUCUGCACGUCCGUUCCAGUAUUGGAGGGAAAUGCAAGAGGAUGAGGAACCUGAAACGGCGGACACGGUCAUCAUCGCUACCGGUGCUAGCGCGAAACGUCUCGGCCUUAAAGGCGAGUCCACAUAUUGGCAAAGCGGUAUCAGUGCCUGUGCUGUUUGCGAUGGAGCUGUUCCUAUAUUCCGGAACAAACCUCUUGCUGUCAUUGGCGGCGGUGAUUCAGCAGCGGAAGAAGCAACUUACCUUACUAAGUAUGGGUCCCAUGUAUACGUGCUUGUCCGCCGUGAUGAGCUCCGUGCAUCCAAGAUCAUGGCAAAACGGCUUUUGAACAAUCCCAAAGUGACCGUUCUCUGGAACACUGUUGCCGUUGAGUGCCAAGGUGAUGGAGACCUGUUGACCAACCUGCGAAUCAAGAACGUCUUGACGAAUGAAGAGAAGGAUCUGCCUGUUAAUGGCCUGUUCUAUGCCAUCGGCCACGAACCGGCCACAGCGAUCGUCCGCUCUCAGCUGCAGACCGACCCUGAUGGUUACAUCAUCACCGUACCGGGGACUACGCAAACAUCUGUGAAGGGCGUUUUUGCUGCCGGUGACGUGCAAGACAAACGAUACAGACAAGCCAUCACCAGCGCUGGUAGCGGAUGUAUGGCUGCUCUCGAAGUGGAGAAAUUAAUCUCGGAAGAAGGGGAAUUUGGAGAGUGAUCGAGGACGAUACACAUAGAAACCAAUUAUCUGUAUUUUUAUCAAGGUCUUAAGGUCUUAUAAUUUUAUUACUGCUCCUGCACUCAACUCCCUCUAUGAUUUUCUUCCUUGCCCAGGUUACGCCUCGAGCAAGCCAUACCACGCACUAAUCGUGUACCCCAUAUUCGAUACUUAUUGCCCUUAGAUCUGAGCAGAGGAAGAACAUCCAGCCAUGCGAGUUGCGGUCAGUAAAAGUGAAAGAGUAUUUGCCAUCAAAGCAAAACAGCAGUCCUGCUCGUCCCAUCCCCAUGCGGUUGAGUUGAAGGUAGAAUGGGAUGUAGCGAGACGCAGAGAUCAGACAUAGCAUCGACAUCAUGCAAGCAUACUGAUAGAAUUCUCAAUAAUAAGGCCUCG